AUGCAGAGCUGCCUGCACCACAGCCUCCCUCCAGCCUGCCAGGCCCCCGUGCCCACCAAGUGCCCACUGCUGUGCCCUGCCAGACACCCAGCACUGCCCACCUGGCACUCCACGCUCUGCAUCCCCCAGCGUGUGCCCUGCAGUCAGCAGCCCCUGCCCACGUGUGUGCCCCAGGGCAUCCUGCAGCAGCCCUCUGUGCCCCUCUGCGCUGCCACCUGCGUGCCCCAGCGGCACUGUGCCCCCAGGGGGGCGUCACAGGAGCUGUGUGUGCCCAAGGCAGUGCCCCAGCAGCAGUGUGGCACCGAGGCAGGGCUGCAGCAGAGUGCAGCCAAGUGUGUGCCCACCGGCCCCCCCCGGCAGCAGUGUGGCACCAGAUGUGUGACCAGCUGCGUGCCACAGCAGCCCUGCCCCACCCAGGGGCAGCAGGGUGCCACCAGGUGUGUCCCCCAGCGGUGUGUGACCACCUACAGCCCCCAGCAGGGUGCCCCCCGGUGUGCCACCAGCUCUGUCUCCUACUGCUUUGAGAGCUCUGCUGCCCCCCAGCAGCUCUGUGCCACCCAGCAGAGUGCCAGCAGGUGUGUGACCAAGUGUGUGCCACAGCAAGGUGCCACCAGGGAUGCCACCAAGUGUGUGCCACAGCAGCAGUGUGCCACCAGGGAUGCCACCAAGUGUGUGCCACAGCAGCAGUGUGCCACCCCCUGUGUGCCACAGCAGCAGUGUGCCAGCAGGUGUGUGACCAAGUGUGUGCCCCAGCAGCAGUGUGCCACCAAGGGUGCCCCAGAGCUGUGUGUCACCAAGUGUGUGCCACAGCAGGGUCCCACCCAGGGUGUGCCACAGCAGUGUGCCACCCAAUGUGCCCCCCAGCAGCAAUGUGCCACCAAGUGCCUCCCCCAGCAGUGUGUGACCAGGUGUGCCCCCCAGCAGCAAAGUGCCACCAAGGGUGCCCCAGAGCUGUGUGUCACCAGGUGUGUGCCACAGCAGAUGUGUGCCACCAAGUGUGUCCCCCAGCAGGGUGCCACCCAAUGUGUGCCCCAGCAGCAGAGUGCCACCAAGGGUGCCCCAGAGCUGUGUGUCACCAGGUGUGUGCCACAGCAGAUGUGUGCCACCAAGUGUGUCCCCCAGCAGGGUGCCACCCAAUGUGUGCCCCAGCAGCAGAGUGCCACCAAGUGUGUGCCAGAGCUGUGUGUCACCCAAUGUGUGCCCCAGCAGCAGUGCCAGGCAGGAGCAGUGAAGAUCUCCACCCACUCCAAGAAGUACUGCUCGGCCCUCAAGGGGCCCUGGUAG